CUACACAAUUCUCGGGUUUUAUUGCUUUUCCUUCUUUCCAACUCACUUUCAUAUUCCUCUCUCUUACAACACAAAUCAUAAUUGAAGUCUAUAGAAACUUAAAAUUGGUCACUUUUUUUUCUCUGUUUCUUGAAAGUAAGGUCUUGAAUUUGAUGUCUCAAUGAUGGGAAUCAAUGCAGGAGCCAUGUGAAUAACAGCACACAGAGAUGGGAAUUGGUUAAAUAUUUUCUUUUACAAUGAUUUAGAUUCCGACAGCUUUUUCUUUUGCCAUUUUUAGAAAAAUCAACUUUAUAGUAGUAAUUAUAUCAAGCCAUUCAAGCGUGCUGCUUCAGAAAUCAGAUCAAGUAACAGAAUAUAUAUCAGCACAACACACCUUGAGUUACAAAUUUGCAACAACACUAUUGAAGAAAGUAGUUACUAGUUAGCAGUGGAGCAUUCGAAGAAAUCAUCAUCAUCAUCAUCAUCAUCAUCAUCAUCAUCAUCAUCAUCAAUGAGACCAUCAUUUCCCAGAGAUCCUCGAGGUUCCCUCGAAAUCUUCAAUCCAACAAGCAAAUCCAACUCGCCACCACGCUCUCCGGGAAACCUGAAAACCUGGAAAGGAACGGAAGAGCGACUCAACCAUUUCUCCGAUGAAGUCACCAACAAUACCUCAUGGAUGGCAAUCAAGGAAGGAGAAAACUGCGCCGCCGAACAGAGAGCCGCUGAAUGGGGCUUAGUACUCAAAACAGACGCUGAGACAGGGAAACCGCAAGGAGUGGCAGUUAGAAAGUCCGGCGACGAAGAUUCCAAUGUUAAAGUUGCAACUAAAAGGAAUUCGAACAACUCCGGUAGAAAUUCCGGUGAAUCUUCGGAAGGCGGUGAAGUACGCGGGUUUCCGAGAGUUUCGGAGGAUUUGAAAGAUGCUUUAUCGGCUUUUCAACAAACUUUUGUGGUUUCGGAUGCUACCAAACCCGAUUACCCGAUUUUGUAUGCAAGUGCGGGUUUCUUCAAAAUGACGGGUUAUACAUCAAAAGAAAUCAUGGGAAGAAACUGUCGAUUUUUACAGGGUUCGGAUACGGAUCCGGAAGACGUGGCAAAGAUAAGAGAAGCGUUGGAAGGUGGGAAAAGUUACUGUGGAAGGUUACUGAAUUACAAGAAGGAUGGAACUCCCUUCUGGAACCUUCUCACUAUUUCACCCAUCAAAGAUGAAGAUGGCAAUGUGCUCAAGUUCAUUGGAAUGCUUGUGGAAGUUAACAAACAUACAGAGGGGUCCAAAGAGAAGAAGCUACGGCCCAAUGGGUUGCCCGAAUCCUUGAUUCGAUAUGAUGCUCGUGAAAAAGAGAAGGCUACAUCUUCUGUAUCUGAGUUACUACAAGCCAUAAAGCGUCCCCGUGCAUUCAGUGAAUCCGGAAACCGUCCCUUCAUUAGAAAAUCAGGAGGAGGUUCUGAAAAUGUUGAAGAAAAUGCAGAGAAGCUAGACAAGAAAUUAAGGAGAAAAUCUGAUAGUGCAGCUACUUUUAGACCAAAACCACAACCAAGAAUAAGUAGAAAUUCAAUGGAACGAAUCAGUGAACUACCUGAAAAUAAACUUAAAAGCUGUCAUCGCCGUUCUUUCAUGGGGUUCAUCAGGAAAAGUCAUUCCAUUGAUGAAAGCAUUGAUAAUGAAGUUAUUGUAGACAUCAGCUCUGAGAGUGAGGAUGAUGAGAGACAUGAUAGCUUUGAAUUUGACGACAAAGAAAAACACAGAGAAAAGCGAAAAGGUUUUGAUCUUGCUACCACACUUGAGCGAAUUGAGAAAAACUUUGUCAUUACUGAUCCAAGACUUCCUGACAAUCCUAUAAUAUUUGCAUCUGAUAGUUUCUUAGAGCUUACAGAGUUUAGUCGUGAAGAAAUCUUGGGAAGAAAUUGCAGGUUUCUGCAAGGACCAGAAACUGAUCCAGCAACUGUGAGAAAAAUUAGAGAGGCAAUUGACAACCAAACAGAAGUUACCGUGCAACUAAUCAAUUAUACAAAGAGUGGUAAAAAGUUCUGGAACCUAUUUCAUUUGCAACCUAUGCGCGAUCAUAAGGGAGAAGUACAAUACUUUAUUGGUGUUCAACUUGAUGGUAGUCAACAUGUAGAGCCUCUUCACAACUGCAUUGCAGAAGAUUCUGCAAAGGAGGGAGAACAAUUGGUAAAAAAAACAGCAGAAAAUGUUGGUGAGGCAGUAAGGGAACUUCCAGAUGCUAAUCAGAAACCGGAUGAUUUAUGGAUGAAUCAUUCGAAGGUGGUUCGUCCCAAACCUCAUAGGAAGGAUGAUGAUGCUUGGAGAGCUAUCCAAAAGAUUCUAGAAAAUGGAGAACAGAUAGGCCUAAAACACUUUAGGCCAAUUAAACCUUUGGGGUCUGGAGACACUGGAAGUGUGCAUCUAGUGGAGCUAGAGGGAACUGGUCAACACUUUGCCAUGAAGGCUAUGGAUAAGGGUGUUAUGCUCAAUCGCAACAAGGUGCAUAGAGCUUGCACUGAAAGAGAAAUCCUUGACAUGUUGGACCACCCUUUUUUACCCGCAUUAUAUGCUUCCUUUCAGACCAAAACACAUGUUUGUUUGAUAACUGAUUACUAUCCCGGUGGAGAACUAUUCAUGCUUCUUGAGCGGGAGCCUACAAAGGUUCUCAAGGAAGAUUCUGUGAGAUUUUAUGCUGCUGAGGUAGUGAUUGCAUUGGAGUACCUUCAUUGUCAAGGCAUAAUUUAUCGGGAUUUGAAGCCAGAAAAUGUGUUGAUCCAGAGCAAUGGGCAUGUAUCUCUAACAGAUUUUGAUUUGUCUUGUUUAACAUCUUGCAAGCCACAGCUUAUAAUUCCAGCUACAGAGGAAAAGAAUAAGAGGAAGAAAAAUAAGAAGAGACAAGAGAAAAGUCAACAGGUUCCAAUGUUUAUGGCUGAACCAAUGAGAGCCUCCAAUUCUUUUGUUGGCACGGAAGAGUACAUAGCUCCGGAAAUUAUAACUGGUUCAGGUCAUACUAGUGCUGUGGAUUGGUGGGCUCUAGGUGUUCUUCUGUAUGAAAUGCUUUAUGGGUAUACGCCAUUCAGAGGAAAGACAAGACAGAAGACAUUUGCAAAUAUUCUUCACAAAGAUCUUAAAUUUCCUAAAAGCAAACCGGUAAGUCCCCAUGCAAAGCAGCUAAUUUACUGGUUGUUGCACAGAGAUCCCAAAAACAGAUUGGGUUCACUGAAAGGAGCAAAUGAAAUUAAGUGCCAUCCAUUCUUCAGGAAUAUCAAUUGGGCUCUAAUUCGUGACACGAAACCUCCUGAGCUUGAUGCUCCUAUCUCACCGGAAAAUGAUGAAGAAAUCGACCCUGGUCUAGAGGAUCUACAGAAAAAUGUUUUCUGAAAGGUUUAAAAGUAUGGUAGAGUGACAUUCAAGAAACACUUGAUGAGUGUUUGCGAUUUUGAAAAAUUGAUGGAAUUUCAAUUUCUUGCUUCAGUGUGGUGUUAAGUUUGAUUAUGUUAUUCAUUGUAAUUUAUGAAAUGGAGAUACUAUUUUAUUUUUGGUUUGUGGUGUUUAAAGUUAUUUGCAAUCCAAUAGGGAUUACGAGUCAGUAGUAGAAAUUCUUAUUCUUGUAUAUUAUUAGAAUAAUAUCAUCGAGUCAAUUAAAAUAUGUAAUUUCAAAAUUAAACAAAAUAAACGCUUGCAGUGAGAUCUGUACCUGUGUUUGAUUUUCUAGAUGAUUGGAACAAAGCCAAUGAAUUGAACGCU